GUUUUUCCUUUUACUUAAUGCUUCUCUCCAAUUUCAUGUCCGCCCACCUCUAAGCCAACGCCGGCCGUCUUCCUUCUUUUCCUUCUCCUUUUCCUUCUACACGCGUACGGUGUUCCGGUUUGCGAAAAGUGAACGCGACUACUACCUGUCAGCGACUGCGGAUGGCUGAGCUUGUAGAAAUGGACGAUGUAACUCUCAAGAAAUUGAAGAACGUGAUGGCGGAUUUUUCUAAAGACAGGGACUGGGAUCAGUUUCAUAGCCCUAGAAAUCUCCUUCUUGCCAUGGUGUGCGAAGUUGGGGAGUUAUCGGAGAUAUUCCAAUGGAAAGGGGAGGUUCCAAGAGGCCUUCCUGACUGGAAAGAAGAAGAGAAGCAACAUCUUGGUGAAGAACUAUCAGAUGUUUUGCUUUAUCUUGUUAGACUUGCUGAUAUUUGUGGGAUUGAUUUUGAUAAAGCAGUACUAAGGAAGCUGGAGCUGAAUGGGAAGAAAUAUCCAGUCGAGCUUUGUAAAGGGUCAUCAAGAAAACACACAGAAAUCAUCUGCAAAGAAGAUUGCAAUGAAAACGGUGGAAAAGAAGAAGACCCCACCAAAUAGUGACAGUGGCAGCGGGGCUUAAUAAGAGAAAAAUGCAUUGAUGGUGUCUCUUAUGAACUUUGGUAUGAUUUUUAUUAUGUCUUUAUGACUUGACUUGGAUAGCUUCUAAAUGUUGUUUGUUGCUGUUGUCGUUUGUCAUGGCUCUUCUUUUGUGAGUAUAUUUAAUGAUACUUUGACAUAGCUUGUCUUUUUGUAAGCACUUUUCAGCUAUAGUACUCUUUAGCUGUCCCCAAAUCCGCCUCCA